AGGUGCAGACAAAGACAGCGAUCCAGAGAGUGAUGAGGAACACCACAGCAACGACUCGCCGGAGGCGCGAAGGAUGUUGUCGGACCCUUCGGAAGUUGCUGUAGACAUGAAGGGCCAAGAGCAGGACAAGGCUUUGAGGAAGGCGAUGCAACAACGCUUGCAGGUGCGUUUGAACGUGCUUUCGGCCACCCAAUUGGUCAGCGGCAGGAACCUGCACGAUGCUGUUGGGGCCCUAGGCCUCACCACCUACACCAUUGAGGAUAUGAACACCUUAGUGAAGGCCUUGGCCAAGUAUAUCGAUCUCAAGCUCGUGAAGAAGGAAGCACCGAAGCAGCUCUUGAGAUCGCAGACCAGCAACAGCAUAUUCUCGGCACAGGGCCCGGAUUUCAUGCGAGCCUUGUGGCAUUGGCCUACUGUCGCGGACAAGUCGGACAAGCCCCGGCCGACUGCCUCCCGCAGCACCGAGAAUUCGCUAACGACGCCCACGAAGAGCUUCGAGUCCGAGAAGAGUGAGGAGAACCUGGCGCUGACAGUGGUUCCUGCCAAAGCCUUGAUGGAGUUGUUUAUCACCAAGGAUGUGGAGCUGCCGAAGCAAGUUUUUCGACAACAAACUGUGCUGAACCAGUUCCAGGCCAUGCGUGAGAUCUUGGUGGCGGGUGAUACCAACCGUUUGGUGGCUGAAUUGACCUUUGUGCGUAUCAAUGACCUCGCGGCUCCACCCGAAGCCCUGGACCCGUUGUUCUACAUUGAGCCGGUGGUGGCUGUCCUCAUAGUGGUGAAUGGCAUCAUGAUCGGUUUCCAGACCGAUCGCGCCUUUGAAUCUUGGCCCGGCUGGCCAUACAUCGAAACUGUCUUCGCAGUCUUGCUUGUGUUGGAAUGCAUUGUGCGCUUCUGGCUGAGUGGUUCCAAGCAGUUUUUCUGCGGACCGGACUUCCAUUGGAAUCUCUUCGACAUGUUCCUGGUCCUCACAGCCGUGACGGAUGUGGUGUUCCAACUCGCCUUCCCCGAACAAAAAGCGGACAUGGCCGGUGCCUCACUGCUACGCUUCUGUCGUUUAAUACGCUUGGUGCGAGUGGUGAAAGUCUUCCGCCUGAACUACAUGAAGGAGCUUCGCUUGAUGGUCAAGGGCCUAGUCGGAGGCAUCCGUACCCUGCUCCUGUCCUUUGCCUUGCUUUUCGCUGUGCUCUACGUCAUCAGCGGUUUCGCCACGAUGACUUUGGGCAGGGACGAUCGGACGGAGGAGCUCGGCCUUCAGACGCACUUUGAAAACAUCCCCAAGUCCAUGUUCACGGCCUUCCGCUGCUUCUCGGGCGAAUGCUUUGCAGAUUCAGGAGUGCCUAUCGCCUCGGUCCUGUCCACCAACUUGGGAUGGGGUUUCGUGCUGUGUUAUGUGCUGAGCUACAUGUUGGUCUCCAUGGGAAUCUUCAAUGUGAUUCUGGCUGUCUAUGUAGACAUCACCAUGCGCGCAGCUAAAGAAACCGAGAUUUCCACCGCGGAACAGUAUGCUCGGGAGUCCAUCCGGAUCGCGCGAACCACCCGCGAGUUGCUGAAGAAGUUCGCAGAGGCGCAUCGGGUGUUCUACGACCGAGAACGAGAUGAUGGAGCUCGAGAGCAGAUGAAGUCGCUGCUCUUGUCCACCUCGGAUUUCCUUGAUGAUGCACACAUUGACGACAUUGCCAUCACCAAAGAACUGUUCCUUUUGGUGAUCCAGGAUCAACGAGUGCAGCAACUGAUGAACGAUUUGGACCUACCAGCAGAUCGCGCGAAUCUAUUUGAGGUCAUCGACGCCGACGGCAGCGGCACCCUGCACGUCACCGAGCUCGUGCAGGGCCUGCUGAAGAUCCGCGGAGAUCUGACCAAGAGUGAUACCGUUGCAGUUUUACUGACCGCCAAGUCUGUGCAUACCAUGGUUGCUGAGUUAAAGGCGGAACAGCAGAAUUUCCGCGGCAUGCUACUGGAGCUUUUUGCCACACAAGACGCCUUGAGGAAGUCACUCAACAAAAGUGGGAAAAGCACCAGAGGUGCCAACCCCAAGGUGAAUUUCAUGCGCCGUACUGCGGAGCAACCGGAACGAAAGCUGCCUCGCAGUGAGUCAGGAAUGUCAGCGCUUUCCCCUCCGAGCCCACCGAGCCCUCCGGAUUUCGAAGAGCGCAGUCAACCGGUGGUGAUCGCGCUGGGCUGAGGCCAUGCAUUCCACGACUGCCCGGUGAACCGGCAUUGAUUUCGUUGAAAUGGCCUGGAUGAAGAGUUGCAUCCGAGAGACUUCCCCCAAGUGUUGUGAUGGCC